UAGUGACAUUGUCCCAUCUCUAAUUUCUAGUUAGAAGACGCAAUUGUUGUUGAUUCACACAUAAUUAUUAAAUAGGAAAAAGGACCCACUUGUGCAAUGUUUUCUAUAUUUGGGAAGCGGAAGCCUGCGGAAACCCCAACAGAGGAACCCAUCCAGGGACCCAUAGACGGUCCAAGACCCGGCACCAGCGUCGGCGAUGAUUUUGUUAUCGUGGAGCGUAAACCUGGCGUGAACCCGAAUCCUCUUGCUCCUAGCAUGUACCCGCCCAUGCCACCAGCGGGCUAUGGUGCUCUACCGUAUCCAAUGCUUGGCCCAAGGGCCGGACAGUCACCUGCGAAAUUGCCUGGAGGUACCCAAGGACCCGUCAACUACCUGCAGGACAUUCCCUUCGAGCUGGCGCCCGAAUUGGCCGGCAAGGAUAGCUACGCCAGCACCCAAAUGCAAGUGGACAGCAUUCUGGCGCUGCUAACACGUCAAAUGUCCAUGGACGAGCUGGCUGAGGAGUAUACAUUCGCUUUGGAACGCUCUGUCCAGAACGAAUCUUAAUUGUGCAAAAUUUCCUGUAUGUUAUCAAACGUUGCCUAUUUAAUUGUAAGAUAAGAUAUUUUCUGCGUCCCAGAUAUGUAAAAAAUGUAUCCAAUAAAAAUUUUGUAUCGUUACUCCAUUAAAA